ACUUCACAUCUGUACUUACGUUUGCGGUAGUUGUCGUAUAUGGUUAGGAAAGAUCAGAAAAGAUUGUACGUGAAUAAAGUAUAUUUUACGACGGUGUUGCAAAAAAAUUCUAGAUUUUAUAAGAUUUUAUAAAAAAUCAUAGCAAAGAAAUCUUAGAAAUCUUGGGAUAUGUAGAAUUCACAUAUAUGAAUUCUAUAAAAGACAUAGACUUUCUCGACUUUUGUGAAAAGUGUUCCACUUUGUAUAAAAAAGGGGGUGAUUUUUCAUAAGUUUAUUCAUUUACAACACUGUGAUAAUCAAGGAUGUCGAAGGUACUGGAUGAAGAAUUAAAGCAGGCCUUCUCAAAGUUGCACGAGAAGAUGGUAGAUACCAAGCAGAAGCUAAAAUUGGCUGAUAUACAAAUUGGCAAGUUGCGGGGCACGAAGCAGCGGACGGAGCUCACUAUGAAGGAGAUCGGUACUCUUCCCAACGACACAAGGAUGUACGAGUCCGUCGGUCGAAUGUUCCUCUUAAAUAAGAUGAACAAUGUUAAGGACAAUUUAGAAACUAGGAUAAAAACGUCCGAUGAGAAGAUCAAGACUCUGGAGAACAACAAAGCGUACCUACAGCGGAGUUUGAAGGAGAGCGAAAACGAAAUCAGAGAAAUGAUUCAGCAAAAGCAGAGCAAGGAGACCUCGGGUUAAAACUUCUGUACUGAUGUAUAAGUGUUAGUUCGAUCAUCAAUAUCCGUUUUCUCAUCGAUAUCUUUCGAAUUCUUUUGCGAAUUAUAAUUUGGGAGAUCUCUGUAAAUACUGAAAUUAAAAAUUUUGAGAAAUAUGCCAUCUGUCAGCUUGACAUCAUCACGCGCAUGCAUUUUUGUAACUGACAUUUCUUUGUAUACUAUAUGUGGAAUAAAAUAUCGUCUCGAACUGAUAUAGCUUGUGGGAAUUAAGUCAAAUUGAUUAUUUAAUAUGUAUAAAAUUGUAAGGGAAAUAGUGUAUGGAGAAAUAAUAUUGUACGUACUUAUGCACAGUAAUGAUUAAACAAUUAAGAUUAUAAUUAACAUUUUAAUUUUAUAGCAUGAGAAACUGUAUAAUAAGAAAGAAAUUGUUUUUGUUCAAUUUUACUCUUUGUUAUCAUGCAUAAUUUUCACAAAAGCAUGAUAAGCAACAAAUAAAUUAUGUGUUUUAUUUA